ACAAUAAAAGAAAAAACUGAAAACCUAAGACUCGUAGUGAAAAAACUUCGAAGUAAAACGUACAUGAGUAUUUUUAAAAAUGGGCUCCACAAGAAACCUAUAAUUGACUGUAUAACAAGAUGGAAUUCAACAUACAAUAUGAUUGAAAGACUGCUGGAAAUAAGAGAAGUUGUAACUACAUUAAGCAAGGAUAAUUCGAAAUUAUUCAUUAGUUCUGCUGACUGGUCUUUCGCAAGUGAAUUUGUUGGAAUAUUUAAACCUAUUUACACAGCUACAAUGAAACUACAAACUGAACAGCUGUGUUAUAGCGAACUAUAUAUUGUAAUAAUGGAUAUUACAUUCCAAAUAGAUGCUUUACCAAAUACCGAAAUGAAAGUGAUACUGAAAGAAUCAUUGAAGACAAGAAUGGAUAAACUUUUUGAUAACGAACUUUUCAACGCAGCCGUGUAUUUGGAUCCACGUAUUAAAGUCUGUAUGACAAGCGAACAGAAAACUAGAGCGCAGAUGUACAUAGUGUCGUUAUAUAAGCGAAUAUACUCAAAAGAAGAUUCUACAACAGACAAUACGGCCUACACAAUACUGGAUGAAACUCCAUCAACAAGUAAUGCAUGCACACCGAAAUCCUUCUCCGAUUACCUGCAAACUUUAGAUCCUACCACGCCUACACAGAGUUCUUCAAACAUUGAUAAUUUUGAAUCCGAUCUAUCCACUUAUGAAAGAAAAUCUAGACUGCCACUAAAUGCAAAUGUUUUAGAAUAUUGGGAUUCUUCAAACAUUAUUAGUGGCAUUGCGAAUAUUUUACUGGCAAUACCAUCAACACAAGUAAGCGUGGAACGCUUAUUUUCAGCUAUGAAAUAUAUGUUAUCCGAUCAGCGCAAUCGAUUGUCACCGUUAAAUUUAGAGCAUAUAUUAAUGGUAAAAGCCAAUGGGAUUUUUAAUUACAAAUUGGGAUCAGAUUAAAGUUCUUACUGGUGUACUUAUAUUUUUAGUUUAUUACAUUUCCUUUUUUACUUUCUAUUUAUAUUAUGUUUAUUAUAUUUAACUUGUUUAAUUAAUUCAAUUUUUAUUAAA